CGCGUUACCUUGUAUGUUACGGUGGCCUCACCUGAACGACAACACCCAAAAGGCCGGCAACAUGACCAGGCACCUAAGUAGAUUGACUACUGAUUAUUUUCAGAGGUAUUUCGCAGCUAUGAUUCUCUUGCUGGUGCUGUCUUCAGGUGCGCCGGGACAGCAGACGCUCGGCCUCGGCCUACGGCCUAAGCUACCACUUGGCCUGCGCAAGCUUGCUGCGAGUAUGUACUAUCAAGUUUUAUACUUACCGAUUACCUGAACAUUGCAUAUCAGGAUACCUCUGCAAUGGCGCGCGAGUGCUCAGAGCGGGCGGGCCCCAUACGAGGUGCGACACAUCUUGCUAGGCAUUCAAGCACAGUCACAGGUUAUCACCGCGGGGACCAGGAGGUCGCGAGGAACGAAGCGCGUGGGGAUGCCCGUUGGCUUGCCUGGGGGGCCCAAGUGCCAAAGCCAAAGCGCCCCUGCUUGUCCACGACUGCACCUCACUCCCUCGCCACCCCCCACAUACGGUAUGUCCAUGUGCAGGGACGGGCUCAUAGACGCACAGCUCCGCAUCCAGCCCGCACUCCGAGGCGGCGGCCUGCGACGGCUGCUGGCCUCUCGGGUCCACUGGCGCUCCAGUGCGGGCCCUGGCUCGAAUUCAUCUGCCGCUGCCGCUGCCGGCGCCCUGCACGGCGACCACAUGUGCAUCCAGCUCGUGCUGCGCCUCGCUGUGACUGAAGCUUUUGGGAGCAAGCGGCCAUUGCUAUCACCUCAUCGGCAGUCAGGAGGCCGUGCCCGCCUGGACUCAGGCUCGUGCGGCCGCGUGCAGCGGCUGCUGGUGUCCGACCUGACGCAGGCGGCCGCGCACCUGGGCAUCCACGUCACACAGCCCUUCGCGCCGGCCGCCUGCGAGCUGGAGCCGGACCAGGUCGCGGCGGCGGCUGGUGACGGCGACAUGGUGCUGGCGCGGUGGCAGGUGUGCGGGCGGCCUGUGGCAGAUGAGGACUCGGGGCUGGUGGCGCUGGCGCUGGCGCUGCAGCUGCAGGAGGCCGCCGACUCCUACUACGCCGCGGCCCUGGGACCCGACUUCGACACCUGCCCCACUCGACUUUCGGGCCUGGUUGCGGCCCUGGAGGUGGUCCGGGCGCCCGGCACCGCCUGGGAGUGCGUCACGGCCGCCCACCUGCAGCCACUCACGGGACCCUGCAGCAGCGUCCGAGUCAGCGCCGGCGCCAGCACGGUCCUGGUUGACGACAGCAGCGCAAGCGGCGCGAACAGCACGUAGGAGCAAAGCAACAGGUGCACUUAUGGACGUGGUGCUGAGGGGUGGUGUGUGUGGGGGGGGGGAUUGUGGUUGCGCCACACGGCAACGCGCCACAUGGCUGUGGUGAUUGGCGGCGUGCGUGGGGGCGUGGGGCAAGGGCACAAGACUCAACGUGUUCCGCACCGGCACGUACCGUCCACUGGUUGUAGGCCGUGUUGUGAAGCGCAUUACCGUACGUGUUUCCAUGCGGUUGCAUUCGCUUGACUAGGCUCCUUUGGGACUGACCCUACCAGACUAGUGAAGUAGUAAUCAUUUACGUAAUAUACACCAAGAUCAACCAGUUGUGGCACAAGCGCUGGCGGCCGCUCAGUGAGGCGCCGGGGCAACGACAUAGUGAAGAAUGCAUGUGAGCGAGACAGGCAGUGCCUGCAAGUGAUGCAGUGUGAGGGAAUGAGGUGGCCGUGUCAUGGCGCCGUACGGAGGGUGUGUGGGACUAUGAGUGUGCCGAACGUGCGUAGGACUGAGGGGGCUGGAGCCUUCGAGGCGGGGUGGAGGUGAAUGCUUUCCCUGCAGCGUCACAUCUAGCGCCGCGAAAGACGUAGGCAGCUGACUUCGCAUGCUUUAGUGACAGAAAGAGCGAUGUAAAGUACUGGUCGAUUCCUAUUGUUAGUAGCAUCUUGCUCAUUGGCUGGGCGGCUAUCGGUGCGGGCAUGAUCCCUUCAAUGCCCCCCCGCCUCCAUUGCUGGCCUCUUGUAUCCACCAUCAUCCUUCUUUGCAGGUUAUUUUGACAAUUCUGUGGCGGCUGACGCAUGUGUUUAAGUGGUUAAAUUGGUGGUGCACUGCUGGAGGGUUUACAUUUUACCCAGCGGUUGUGCAAUAGCAGGGCAGUCAUUGGGCAAGUACAGUGCGAUGACUCAUCAGUGCGGCUGGCACAGACAGCUCCAGUCUACAACUGAACAGACCUCUGUAACAGUACAGCUUUACUUACGUCCC